AUGGCGAACAAAUUUGGAUUAGGAUCUACUCCUUUAGCAACUAAAAAACUUAACACAACAGCAUGGAUAAAUAAAGCUAAACCUUAUUUUGUUGAUCAAAUUGGAGACACUCUUCAAGGUGAUAUCGAUAUGAAUAAUUUUACCAUAACUAAUUUAAAGUCACCCGAAAAUGAUAAUGAUGCUGUUCACAAGAAAUAUGUACUAGAUCAAAUAAAUCUAAUUGAAUCAGGAAUAGAUGAAGAUCAUUUAAAAGACAAAAUAAGUGAUGUGAAAAGAUUCUUCAAACGACAACUGAAUAAUAAAGAUUUUAUUGAUGAUACUAAAUUACAACAAGAGGUGACAAGUUUGAAAAGUUUUAUUCAACAACAAUUGGUAAAUGUAGUGGAUAAAACUCAGUUACAAAGUUUAAGUAAAUUAAUAUCUCAAUUAGAUGAUAAGAUUGCAAAGCAAAAAUUAGAUCUUAAACAACUAAUAGAUAACAUUGCACCAGGUGUAAAUGAAGAUACAUUACAACGUGAAAUAACUUCUUUAGAAACUAAAAAUAACACUGAAUUACAAAAAGAAAUAAACAAUAUCAAAACCUAUAUUCAACAACAAAUACAAGAUAGCGAACAACAGAUAACUACAAUUAAUAACGAAGUUUUAAAACAGGAAAAAAAGAUAAACAUAUUAGAAAACAAGGAAAAUAAACCAGAGUCAUAUAGUUUCAGGAUUCCAUUUGAGUCAGGAAGAUUCAAAAAAGUUAGCGCUGAUUAUGAUAUUUACCCAAUUUAUGAGUUAAAAACAUAUGGAUUUAUAGUAAAAGUAAAAGUAGAUACUUAUGUAAGGGGAAACCCUGAAGAUAUUUUUAAGAUAGGUCUCACCUAUCCUGGCGAUCCAAAUACAUUUUAUUUCAGGGAGAGAGCUCUAAUUGAAAUUAUUUUUCCUAUGAAGGCAAAAGUUGAUUCAAUAUUCUUUAUACAAGAAUCUAAUACUGGGAUUUUUUACGCUCGUAAAAUUCUUCAAUUUAUCAAUGAUGGGGAAUAUGUAGAAAAUAAAACAUUGGAAAGCAACGACGAAAAUAGCAAUGUUGAUCAUUUGUAUGAAAUUAAAACAAAUGGACAAUAUAUAGACACCUUCAAAAUGUCAAUCAUAUCAGAUUAUAAAAAUGAUAUAAUUGCAUUGAAAAGUUUUAUUAUGAUAUUGACUCCGGAAUUACCAUCAAUGAACAUUAUUAGAAAGCCAACACCAAAUGAAGAGAAACAAGAAGGAAUAUUCGAGUUUAUACGAACAACAGACUUUGAAUAUGUAAAACUUUAUUUUGAAUAUGAUGAUAAAUAUACAUCAGUUGAUGUUCAUAAAAGUCAAGAAAAUAAAGUAUUUAAUGUAACGAUAAAUAAACUUCUAAUUAAUAUAUUUGAUUGUACUUUUAAUAUAACAAUUGAUUAUGAAACACUAAAAAUUUCACCUUAUUUAAACAAGAAACCAAAGCAAAAAACAUUGUUAGUACGCGUAAACGUCAGUAUUUUAAGUUCUUCAAUCAUGAAAAUUAAUCCUCAAGGAGGUGGAUCUUACGAAAUUUAUAAACCUUUUCCAAUAUCAGAAGUCCAUUUGAUUUCUACAUAA